AUGUGUGUUUGUUACAUGGUGGAUAGCACCGCCGCGGGUUGCGAGCCAUGGGCGGAGUUUUGUGCACAUGACCCGCAAGCUGCGGCGCCGGCACUGUGCGUGCACCCCGGUGGAUCGGCCUUGCGCACCGCCGUCGGGUUGCAGUCGUACCCGCCGCCGCCACCCGCCGACCCGUGCAUCCUGAACUCAACGGACCCGUCGUGCAAGUCGUACAAGUACCCGGACAGUGCAGCGCUCGCCAACAUCAACACUCUGUGCAACUCGAUGCCGGACAUGCCGGGAUGCGCCAUCGCCAGGGCAUGUGCCUCGGACCGGCGCCGUGUGUCGGACAAGUACUGCCGGCCCUUCGUGUUGCUGGCCACCCUGUGCCAUGACAUGCCGGGGAUGCGGGAUGGGUACAGGUCUGGCCGGACAUCUAGGCGCGUACACUUUUAA